GCGAGCUUGCGCGCGGGCGGGCGGGCGAUGGCGCAGGCGGGUAGCGGGGCCGGCGCUGGUGGCGGGGCCCGGUGCAUGGCGGUCUGUCGGCGGAGUCGCCCUCGGGGGCUGUCAGAUCUGUGACCCAGAAGGACGUCUCUGACCUCAGCCGUGGCUCCUGGUGCUGGCCAGAAGCCAGCUUCAUGUCUGAGUGCGUGGGUAACAGUGGGCCAUGGAGAGCUUGGGGCUGCAGCCGGUAACCCUCAGCGAUGGGACGAUGGCCUACAUCCAGCAAGCCGUCAAAGGAGAGAAGCUGCUUGAAGGCCAAGUUAUCCAGCUUGAGGACGGGACGACUGCAUACAUCCACCAAGUGACUGUGCAGAAAGAAGCUCUUUCCUUCGAGGAUGGGCAGCCAGUACAGCUGGAAGAUGGCAGCAUGGCCUACAUACACCGCACCCCCAAAGAGGGCUUUGACCCCAGCACCCUGGAAGCUGUCCAGCUGGAAGAUGGCUCUACCGCCUACAUCCACCACCCCGUGGCUGUGCCAGCUGACAGUGCCAUCCUGGCCGUGCAGACGGAGGUGGGCCUGGAGGAACUGGCCACAGAGGAUGAAGAAGGCUUUACUGCAGACACCGUGGUGGCCCUGGAGCAGUAUGCCAGCAAGGUCCUGCAGGACAGCCAAUCCCCCACGAAUGGCAAAGCACAACAGGUCGGGGACCGAGCAUUUCGCUGCGGCUACAAGGGCUGUGGUCGCCUCUACACCACGGCGCAUCACCUGAAGGUCCACGAGCGCGCUCACACGGGGGACCGGCCGUACAGGUGCGACUUCCCCAGCUGCGGAAAGGCCUUCGCCACAGGCUACGGGCUCAAGAGCCACGUGCGCACACACACCGGCGAGAAGCCGUACAAGUGCCCGGAGGAGCUGUGCAGCAAGGCCUUCAAGACCUCGGGAGACCUGCAGAAGCACGUCCGGACCCACACCGGUGAACGCCCGUUCCGGUGCCCCUUCGAGGGCUGCGGCCGCUCCUUCACCACCUCCAACAUCCGCAAGGUACAUGUGCGCACCCACACGGGCGAGCGGCCCUACACCUGCCCCGAGCCGCACUGCGGCCGCGGCUUCACCAGCGCCACCAACUACAAGAAUCACGUGCGCAUCCACACAGGGGAGAAGCCCUACGUGUGCACCGUGCCGGGCUGCGGAAAGCGCUUCACCGAGUACUCCAGCCUGUACAAGCACCACGUGGUGCACACCCACUGCAAGCCCUACACCUGCAGCACCUGCGGCAAGACCUACCGGCAGACCUCCACGCUGGCCAUGCACCAGCGCAGCGCCCACGGCGAGCUGGAGACCACGGAGGAGAGUGAGCAGGCCCUGUACGAGCAGCAGCCGCUGGGAGCCACUGCAGUCGAGGAGGGCGCCCCACCGCCCAAGCAGCCCCGCAUUGCUUACCUCUCGGAGGUCAAAGAAGAGGGAGAUGACAUCCCAACUCAGGUGGCCAUGGUGACCGAGGGGGAUGGUGCCCCUCAGGUGGCUCUCAUCACUCAGGACGGCGCCCAGCAGGUCAGCCUGUCCCCGGAAGACCUGCAGGCCCUAGGCAAUGCCAUCAGUGUGGUGGCCCAGCACGGCAGCACCACCCUCACCAUCCCCAGCCACGAGGACGGCCUGGCUGCAGCCGGCACACAUACUGUCACCAUGGUCAGCGCCGAUGGCACCCAGACGCAGCCCGUCACAAUCAUUACCUCCAGGGCCAUGGUAGCUGAGGACGCGGGCAUUGCAUCCCUUCACCAUCAGCAGGUGGCGCUGCUGGCCACAGCCAAUGGGACUCACAUCGCUGUGCAGCUAGAGGAGCAGCAGACUUUAGAGGAAGCCAUCAGCGUGGCCACGGCAGCCAUGCGGCACGGGGCCGUCACCUUGGAGGCUGCCGAGUCGGAGAGUGCCUGCUGAGCCCAGGGCUGGGGCCCGAACUACGUCCAAGACAGGGCCAGGCCCUGGCCACUUCCGAAAAGUGGCCACGCGUGUCUCCGGGGCCAGGAACGGAAGGAAAACAGCCUGGCUGCCCCCUCAGGAACGGCAGCCCUGCCCCGGCGGAGGGCUGAAAGCUGGAAUCAGGGGUGCUCCGGAGGACAGACUGGAUGGGGCAGCACCGGCACCCCCUCCCAUUCAUGCAACCCCUCGCAUCUCCUGUCCACUCCGCUGCUCAGGUGGCAGUGGGUCUGCAUGGGGACUGGCCGUGCACUCGCGCUAGUCACUGCCCGUUGGGGAGAGGCAGGCAGCUCUCCUGGCCGGCCAACUGACUCCCCUCCCAGCAAUAAGCACCUGCCAGAGGCCAGUGGAGACGCCUGGGCCCUGGCACGGGGGCUCCCCCAAUCGCAAUCAGCAUCGCUCAGGGGUCUGCGGCUGGAGAGAAAGUGCCCAGCCCCCCCGCUUCCCUCCUCUUCAGCAUCCCCAUAGCCUCUCCGGCGGAGAGAGGCAGAGAGCGGCCUUGUACAUACUGGGGAUUGGGUUUACAUUUUUUUUAAAUCUCAUUUUGAUAAAUUUUUUUCCUGCUUUGGACGGUGAUGGCAAACGGGUGAAUGAGUAUUUAAUAAAAAGUUUCAAGUUUC